CCCAAUUACGAAAAACACUUCUACAAGCUAAAUUUACCCCGGGCCCGGGCACUGUUAAUGAGUUAUUUCGUUCAAGUUCGAAACACUGCACACCAUGUUGCCAUGUCGCGUCGUGAGCAAAAAGGAAUCGCUACCCUUCAUUUCAAAGUGGCGGUGGUGCACUAGUCAACUUGCAAGUGUUUUGUUUACAGACAUGAUGUGCGUAAUGUAGUUUUGUGUGGCUUUAUUUGUCUAUUUUAUCCUAUAGGUUCAUCUGCAGAAGUUUUGAUAAGAAGUCUGUAGGAAGUAUCGCAGCUGUGUUAGUAUGUUGGAUUUUUAAUGACUGAAUUAUUACGCAACUGUGCUGUACAACGAAUACACUCACCCCACCCACCGCUGGAUUCCGGAGUACUUGAUGUCUCAUUGAUUCAUCUUUAUCCCUCUCACGUAAUCUUUCGGUAACAAGAUUUGCUGAUCACUCUGUUUUUGCCAAUCUCCAUUCUGAUCAUCUCAUAAUGGCAAAGGAGACGUUCUCAUCUUUGAUAGAUUUGUUUAAGUCAUCUUCAUCUGUCUCAACAUUAGUUUGUGAUAUAUGUGGAAACAAACUGAGUGUAUUCAAGAAGAAAAAACCAUGUGCUGAAUGCAAGAGGCUAUUCUGCUCUCAAUGUCUUCAGAGAUGCAGGGAUCGUGCACUUCGCUGCAAGAAUUGCUGUGUCCUUACUAUGAGACCACCUAUGCGCUCAGCACUUUUAGAUCUACGCAUUAAGGACUUGCAGCAUUACUUAAAUCAACAUCAUGUUUCAACCAGAGGUUGUCUUGAAAAAGAGGACCUUGUCAAUGUUCUUCUUCGAUAUGCUGCAACAUCUGGAAAUCCUCAUCCUAAUCUGUCAAGCAAUCCUCCUGGUUAUUCCAGAAACUCAGCUGAAACUAGCAACUCUGGACCAUCACCUUCUAACCAGACUUCGUCUUCAUCAUUUACACAAGUUUCAACAGAUCAAUCUGCAAGAGUUAGAACUCAACAUAGUGCAGAUCCUUCCCAGAUGCCCUCUACACAGACUACAUCAGGCAAUGUUGAUACAGAUUCAAGCAGUGACACUAGCUUUGAAAUUGUUCAAAGGCCUAGUUCUGAAGAAAAUAUUUAUUCUUCUUCGACAUCAACGUCUGUCACAGGAGGGAGUAACCAAAGUAGCCCCACACAAACUAACAUACCAUGUGACAGCUCGAUGGCUAGUUCAAGCCCUGUUACCGAAGCAGUUCCACCAGAGAGAGGAACAAGUGCUUCAAAUCCCCAGUCUCCAUCUUCAAACCAAACUCCAACAACAGAAUCAGCCUCAGCCAUUGGGAGUAUUCCUGUGCCUUCUCUAGCUGAUGCAGAAACUUCCAUAAUUCCUGAAGUCAUCAUUGAAACUGAUGUUCCAAAUGUAGAGAAUCAACAAUUAUCAGAUAUUAAUAGCCAGUCAUCACCAUCUGAAUCAAAUUCAUCCAACAACUCCCCAAAUUUAUUGCGAGGAACAAUGGCUUCAAUCACUUCAGAGGCUGAUUUUGAAAGUCUUUCAGUUAAACAGCUGAAAGACAUCCUGCAUCGCCAUCGAGUUAACUAUUUUGGAUGUUGUGAAAAAGCAGAAUUAGUUGAUAAAGCAAAACGGCUAUAUCGAGACUACUGUUCAUCAAGAGCAGAAUUAGAGAAGCUUGACAUGGAUGCGCUGUGCAAGAUUUGUAUGGAUGCUCCCGUUGAAUGUGUUAUGUUAGAAUGUGGUCACAUGGCUACCUGUACUGACUGCGGGCGGCAGCUAAGUGAAUGUCCCAUUUGCCGGCAAUUUGUUGUUAGAAUUGUCCGCACCUUCAAAGCAUAGUAAGAGAGGAUUUAAUGUGAUUUUAAACUAAGUAGGUAGUAGCUUUACCUUAUGUUUAAGUGCCAUACUAUGGUGUAUCUGAAGAAUAUCAAGAUUCAUCAAAAAUGUGAUAUUAUACUGUAUUUAAAAGUCAAUGAUGUUUAGGGGUUGGCAAAAAAACAACAAGAAAAAAAACAUUUGUUUUUGUGAAAUAAUUUAAGUGUGAUUCUACCAGCAAACAGCUCUCUUUGAAGGAUGAGUUCUCUCUAUGACAUAAAGGUUCAAGCAAGAAAAAUUGGGUUGCACUUUGCACUCCAUCUUUUUCUUAACAAUUUAUAAUUUAUUGUAGUGCUCUGGGUUGUCAUCACUUGUUACUGCAAAUGUUAGUUGCAAACUUACGUUGAUGAAACUGAUUCAGCCAUUCCGAUAAAUGUCCUACUACAUUUGACAUUCUAUGCAAUUUUUCAUUCUUUCCUAUCUUGACUUAGAAGAAUGAUAAAAAAUGAUUGGUAAACUUCUUUUCCUAGUACAACUCUAAAUUAAAUGUAUGUUAUCAUAACACUUGCUAUUGAAUUGAUGGCCUUUUAUUAUAAAUACUAUUUAGCUCAAUUUUGAAAAGACUGAUACAUUAUUUUGUUGUUGCAGUAACAUAGAGUUUUGUAAAUUAGUGUCGCACUCUCCCCCUCCCCCCCUCUUUUUUUAGCAGAACAUACAUUUAUUAAAAAUUCUGUGCUAUCUGCACACUGCCUACAGCAAUCAUCUUUUUUUAAAGGGGGCCAUCCUUUUUUUUUCAAUUUUUAUUCACUUUUUGUCUCGGGAUCAGUAAGUGGUGUGUGUGCGUGCAGCCAGUAUACUUUGGAAUUUGACUAGUGCUUGUCAGCUGCUGUAUUGGACUUGCGUUCUCAUAAUACUAUUUUGAUACCAUUUACAUCUACAAUCUCUAGCUAUAAAUUUUAAUUUUAUCCUUUCUUUGACCUAGACCAGUGAAUACCUAAUUGGAAUAGUGGUUUACUGCUUUUGCUAUAAUACUAUUUGUGAAAUGAAUAUACACAUUUUGUGGUUUACAUUGUAUUUAUUGCAUCUUUCCCUCAGGAAUCGUCACUAAGAACGUAUACAUUUACAGAUUUUGUCAUGAACACAUAAACAUGACAUUUGCUGUUUAUGGGGCUCUGUCUAUACUUUGAGUUCUAUUUUGUAAGGGGCAGGAAAAAGUGAGGGGGAGGGGGACGGACAUCAUGAAGUGGUAACUCUGUUUGUAACUAGAAAAACUAACUGUAGAAAAGCUGUAAAUUAAAACACAAGUACUAUGAGAUUAUUUAGAUACAUAUUUGACCUGCUGAGUCAGAAUUGUACUUUUGUUCUAUCUCUUUGUUUGCAAAAGAACCAAAAGUAUUGUACAUUCAAAUUCAAAAGAGCAGUAAGACUGCAUUAAGACGUCUGCUCAUAAAAGUAAGAGAGAUAGGCUUGUUUUUACCUACUAAGUUAGCUUUGUUUCAAGAAGUUUUUAAUUAUGGUGCUAUCUUUAUUGUUUUGUCUUUUUUUAGUGUUAAGGAACUGUUUCGGUGCAACCGCAGGGUUGCCAUUUGUCAGGAUCAUUAUUGAAAUGCCAGGGCAUGAAAAUGUUGGAAAUUGGAAGCACCCAGCACACGCUCGUUUGCCCUUUCCUUCUCUUUUCUGCACUGCGGACAUGAAAAACUGGGUUGUCUCUCUUUUCCUUGUGACAACACUUAACCUUGGUGUUGCUUGUGAUGUUAAUUUUUAAGUAAAUUUUCACUGAUGUUCUCAGGGAUUUUUACACACAGGAUGUAAUACUAUGAGAUUUAGAUUUUAUCAGUACUAAUGGUGCCAUUGAAAUACACUCGUAGAUCUAUUCUACCUGUGCACUCGA